AUGAAGAUAUCUCAACUUCUCCCUCUUGCCAUUGCUCUCCUGAGCGCUGUCGACGCCGCACCAGCAGGUUGGGGAAGACGCGACACUGCCGUUGAUCCUACAAACAACCAAGCUGGUUGGGGGAAGCGUGAUACCGCCGUGGACCCUACGAACAACCAGGCGGGCUGGGGUAAACGGGAUACAGCCGUUGACCCUACCAAUAAUCAGGCUGGUUGGGGAAAGCGUGGUACCGCCGUCGACCCUACCAACAAUCAGGCAGGCUGGGGUAGACGCGAUACCGCUGUUGAUCCCACGAAUAACCAAGCUGGUUGGGGCAAACGGGGCACAGCUGUUGACCCUACGAACAAUCAGGCUGGUUGGGGAAGAUAA